AUCUUGUUCAUGCCGCAUCCCAACAAAAUCCCCAUUUCCCAUUUUCUCUCUUUUUCUUCUUCUUCUCCUUCUUCUCCUUCUUCUCAGUCUUCACCUUCUUCCUUUAGGGUUUCUGGGAGUGAUACACUUUCAGUCUCACAACCUUCUUAAUUUCUCGAUUUGCGCUCAAUAAUCGCAAUCCAUGAGGCCAAUCUAAACUCCUUUUCAACUCGCAUUCUCCUUCAGAGUUUGCUUUGCUUAGUCUUCUGUCUUCUGUCUUCUUCUGUAGCGCUCUAACUCAAACAGUAUCAUAGAUUAUUAGCAGGAUUAAUUCAUGGCCAAGACUAAACCCGGGAAGAAAGAUCUUGAUUCAUACACCAUCAAAGGCACCAACAAAAUUGUUCGACCUGGUGAUUGUGUAUUAAUGCGACCGUCGGACUCCGAUAAGCCUCCAUACGUUGCUCGCGUUGAAAAAAUUGAAGCUGAUCAUCGGAAUAAUGUGAAGGUUCGGGUUCGGUGGUAUUAUCGGCCGGAAGAAUCGAUUGGGGGACGGAGGCAGUUCCAUGGGGCAAAGGAGCUUUUUCUCUCGGACCAUUUUGAUGUUCAGAGUGCUCACACUAUAGAGGGCAAAUGCACCGUGCACUCUUUUAAAAAUUAUACCAAACUUGAGAAUGUUGGUGCAGAGGACUACUUUUGCAGAUUCGAGUACAAGGCUGCCACUGGCGGAUUCACACCAGACCGUGUAGCUGUGUACUGUAAAUGUGAGAUGCCAUACAACCCCGAUGACCUUAUGGUUCAGUGUGAGGGAUGCAAAGAUUGGUUUCAUCCAUCAUGCAUGGGAAUGACCAUUGAAGAAGCAAAGAAGUUGGAUCACUUUUUAUGUUCAGAUUGUUCCUCAGAAAAUGAAGCUAAGAGGUCCUCGAAUGCAUUUCCAGUAUCACCUUCUGCUGAGGUUAAGAAUUGAUAUGUACUAGAAGGUGCAUCUGAACUCUUUAGUUUGCUUGGGAUUACUUCACUCUAAGACUGCCUCUUAUGCACAAGUAAUUAACAUUUGGUACUACAUUUUCUCCUUCACUUGGUUGUAUCUGACCUCUAAAGUUACUAUGCCCUCUUAAGUUUCUCCAAAUUGAUUAUGUGGGUGAUCCCAUGUCAGGUUUUGCAAAAUCAUUUGAGUGGUCAGAUAAUUGUUAGAAUCAUGUACCAAAAGAAAAGAUCAGAAUGGUACAUAAUCAUGAAAUAGAUAAAAAUCACAUCUCCUACUCAUGACAAAUGAUUCUGCCAUCAAUCUCUUCUCUCUAGGGAUCUGAACUACAUCUGUUUAGAUGCAUAUGAUUGCCCAUGUCUUUAAAGUUGUCCAGCAUGGAUCGUCCUUCUAAUCUCCCAAUGAGGUUCCCUCUUAAUAUUUCUUGUUGCCCUUGACAUGGGCAUAUGAUUGCCCAUGUCUUUAAAGUUGUCCAGCAUGGAUCGUCCUUCUAAUCUCCCAAUAGUCAGGUCCCCUCUUAAUAUUUCUUGUUGCCCUUGAUAUGGUAAUUCAACACUGAAGGGUAUAGCAUAGUAUUAGUGGAUAACUGAUUUUUGGAUAAUCCCCGACGUCUGGCUGCAAAAUGGUCAAAGGCGCUGUAACACUGACAAUAAAUUUCUGUAUCGUGCUUUCUUGUUUUUAUUUAUUGUG